AUGACAGGUUGGUGCCAUCUAUGGAUUAAUAAUUAUGGACUAAUUGUAAAACCCCUAUAUGACCUCAUCAAGAAUAACCAAUCAAAAUUGGUCUGGACGGGGGAAGCACAGGCUGCCUUUAAGAAGCUUAAAUUGAAGCUAAUGCGAGCACCAGCUUUGGGUCUACCGGACUUGUCUAAACCCUUUUGGUUGUACUCCUAUGAGAGACAAGGGAUGGCUCUGGGGGUGCUGGCACAGAAGUUGGGCCCCUACAGGAGAGCUGUGGCCUACUUUUCUAAACAAUUGGAUGAAGUAAGUAAAGGUUGGCCAGGUUGCCUUCGAGCAGUGGCCGCUGUUAUCAUGAAUAUACAGGAGGCUCGGAAGUUCACUAUGGGACAGAAGAUAACCGUGCUGGUAUCACACACUGUCUCGGCAGUCUUGGAACAGAAAGGGGCACACUGGUUAUCCCCUCAAAGAUUUUUAAAAUACCAAGCGAUACUGGUGGAGCAAGAUGACGUAGAAAUUGUGGUUACUAACAUUGUGAACCCAGCUUCUUUCCUUAGCAACGCUCCUGACGAGCUAGUGGUCCACAAUUGUAUCGAAACUAUGGAAACUGUGUAUUCUAGCCGACCAGAUCUCAAAGAGGAGCCCUUGGAAGACGCGGAUGAAUCAUGGUAUACUGAUGGAAGCAGCUUUGUGAAACAAGGACAACGCAAAGCAGGGUAUGUGGUGACAACCACUCAACAGGUAAUUGAAUCAAAACCAUUACCCCCUGGGACGUCUGCUCAGAAAGCAGAAAUAGUCGCCCUUACGCGGGCAUUGGAACUAGCAGCAGGAAAGCAGGAAAGCAACCAGAGAAAUCUGGACAGGCUCUAA